AAGUUCGAACUUCGAUGCCAAAGGCCAAGCAGCAUGUUCCGGCACGAUCUGAUCGCGAAGGGAUUUUCGAACGUGCCAGAGGCGAAUACCAUGUACAUGCGCUGGGAAGACACGCGCAUUGGCGGCACGACGCCUACGAUCAAGAACCACACGGCAACGCUGGUCGGCUCGCGCAUCUUUGUCUUUGGCGGCUACGAUGGCCGGCGCAACCACAACAGUCUGCACGUCUUCGACUGCGACAAGAUGGAGUGGGAGCGCAACCCGUACGAGCAGCGCGACCGGUCGAGCUUUAGCUUGGCCUCACCGCCACGCUUGAUGCCACGCGACGUGCGGCCAUCCACCACCAAUGACAGUGGCAACGACGACUACCUCCUACUCACAUCAUCACGAAGCCGCAGCCAGAGCGGCCAGUCGCAGCGACCGUACGUGCCCGCGGGCGCAACGGCCACACAGCGACGCUCGCCGACGGCUGCGUCUAUGUCAUUGGCGGCUGGCUCGGGUCCGGUCCGCUCGCCGCCAACGACGUGCACAUUCUACACGUCGACAGUAUGCGCUGGGAAGAGCCUGUCACGAAAGGCGCGCCGCCAGGACCUUGCAACAUGCACACAGCCGACUACCUUGCGCACGCUCGUGGCAUCCUCGUCUUCCGCGGCGGCAACGGCCGCGAGUACCUCAACGAUCUGCACUUUCUGGACAUUGACACGCUCACGUGGUCCAAGCCGAGUGUGCGCGGCGUCGCGCCCGAGCCGCGCGCCAACCACAGCUCGGCGCUCGUGGGCACGAAGCUCUACAUCUUUGGCGGCUGGAACGGGCGCAAGCGGCUCAACGACCUCUACGUGCUCGAGACGGGGUCGCCCGAGUGGACGUGGAGCAGUGUGCGUGUGCAUGGUGACCUCGUGCCGCACCCGCGCGCCGGCAUGACGUUUACGGUCGUCCGCGACAAGAUCUUUCUCUUUGGCGGGUCGGGGCCGUCGGCGGCGCCGGCCAAGUGCUUCAACGACCUCUUCAUCUUUGAUCCUCAGCUCGCGAAAUGGACCGACACGCUCGUCGAGCUCGACAAGACGACGGUCGUGGAUUGCGCGGCGCUGGACGACGCCAACCCGAACGACACUCCCUCCGAGCCGCAGGUGGUCGUGAUUGGCGACGGACCGAGUCGCCGCGCCGGCCACACGUGCGUGGUCUACCAGCGCAAGAUGUUUGUCUUUAGCGGCAGCUACGGCAGCGAGUACCUCCACGACAUGCACGUGCUCGACACGGACCCGGCGCCGUGCGCCCGCGUCUCGCUUUCGAGUAACUUGCAGUCGUCGCUCGGCCGGUUUUGCAAUUCGCCCGAGUUUUCCGACAUUGCCUUUAUUGUCGAGGGCAGCCGCGUCUUUGGGCACAAGAUUGUGCUCUCGCUCGGCAGCGAUCGGUUCCGCGCGCUCUUCUCGGCCGGCUUUCGUGAAGCGUCGGCGACCGAGAUUGUCUUGCCCGACAUGCGCCUCGACGUCUUUGAGGCCAUGCUUUCGUACUUGUACCGCGGCAGCCUCGAGGCGCACGCGCUCGACUCGAUGGACGACGCGAUCGAGCUGCUCAUGGCCGCCGACGAGUAUAUGCUCGACCACCUCAAGCAGCUCUGCGAGACGGCGCUCCAAGCCAUGGUGACGCUCGACAGCGUGCAUGAGAUCCUGCAUGCGGCGGACCGCGCGAACGCCGCCAGCUGCGCGUCGUUUGCAAGCAUUUCCUGCGCAACGCCGCACCUUCGUUUUAGUUAUUCGUCGAAUUGAAUUAUGUCUCUUG